GUAGCAGAAGGUGAAUGUUGAACUUUUGUUGCACACAUAUCCAGAUGGUGCUGCGUACUAUUUGCGCAAUGACGCUGUCGGUGUGUUUGAUUGGGGAAGCGUAAUGUGUUCACCACACAGAACGCACUGCAACUGCCUCUGCAAAGCAAUGCUGCAAGGCAAACGCAGCAUUUAAUUGGAGAUUAAUGUAAUUGAAUGUCCUUCUGGUGUACCAAAAUUAAUUCACUCUCGGUGUGAUCGAGGCGUUCAGCUCGAAGCUGCCACAUGAUGAGGAGAGGAGAGGGCGAGUUUAAUCCAUCAGAUUCCAACCUAACUGCCAUGAUGGAGGACAACAUUUAACGAGAAUGCUAUAAUGUAUCCAUAUAGUGCACUUUCGGCUUGCUUGAAAAUUAGGAAUUUAUAUACGAGCUCGUCCGCGGGAUUGCUUAAUUGGAACAUUUCUGGAACUUUCUUUUGAAUAUUGCCUGGCUGAAAGCAAGCCCGUGCUGUGGACACACGCGACCUCUGACAUCACGGAUUUACGCAGCGCUUGUUGGCGAUCAGCGAGGCUGUGGGAGAUCCUUUCCAGUCUGUGGUUGGUGAAUCCGGUGUCCAAGAAGACCGCCUCUCUCCACGUCUGUCCAGUGCGUUAAAGCGAGUAAGGCGUCUCAGAGAGGAGGUACCGGGAUGAAAACGAAAAACUGUUUUUUUGCGAUUUUGCUGAAUUUUACAAGGGGAUUACGGUUCUGUUGCCUGCCUGCUUGCCUGCCAAUUUGGGUCACCUGCUUAGCUCCAAGGCGCUUUUAUUAGGCUCCACAUUCCUUCCCAGUGUUGAAUUAAUCUUUACCCUUCAUGUCGCAUUGGAAUAAUUUCAUCUAUCAUGGAUUUGAUUUUCUUUUACAAAGUCACCGUUGAGGCUCGGUUAGACAUCCUAUAGAUCCGGACACUGUAAGCUACCAUCGAACUCACCCAUAUAGCGCAACAUCAGGAGGGGAACAUGGCCAAAAAUGCCCCAGGCGGACCGUUGCGGGAUGACUUAAGCAAGCUCUCCGGAGAGGAGCUCUCCAGGCUCGGCAAAGACGAGCUGAUCAGGUGGCUACGGAAAACGGAUAACGAGAAAAUGUACUUAAUGGUGGAGCACGGGAACAUGAUGAAAGAUGUGAACCGGAGACUACAGGUCCAUCUCCAUGAGAUCCGCAGCCUCAAAGAGAUCAACCAGAAGCUUCAGGAUGAUAACCACGAACUCCGGGAGCUCUGCUGUUUCCUGGACGACGACCGACAGAAGGGCAAGAAGCUGUCACGGGAGUGGCAACGCUUCGGCCGCUACACCGCCGGAUCGAUGUGGAAGGAUGUCGGGGUGUACCAUCAGAAGCUGAAGGAUCUGGAAGCCAACCAGGACUCUGUGAUGCGGGAAAACCUGGAACUGAAAGAGAUCAUUCUGAUGCUGGAUGAGGAGAGGAACGGAGCCGGGUCACGGAGCUCCAUAGAUUCCCAGUCCAGCCUGACCAACCUGAACGGGGGCACUGGAACCGUUAGGGACGUCGGGGACGGGAGCAGUACCUCCAGCACCGGCAGCGCCGGUAGUCCUGACCACCACCACAACCACGUACACAAGCCAAACGAGGGAAAAAUAGCAUCCCUGCGGAGGUCUAUGGACGACCUAUCGCUGGCGUCACACAUCCACCUGCGCAUUCCUAAUGGACUGAAUGAUCCAUCUUCAAACUACAUGAGACAACUGGAGACCAAGGUCAGCAUCCUAGAGGAUGACAACAAGCAGCUGCUAUCACAGCAGGCUAACAGUGGUGAUCUGAACAGUCUGAGGAAGGGUCUGUCUCUCUACCACUCUGAGUCUCAGCUCUCCUCUCUCACACAGUACCAGCAGGACGCCGGGCAGAAUGGCUCCGGUAGGACCCCUAGUGGUGAGCCAUCCCCCCCAGCAGACUACCUCCCUGUGGGCCAGAAGACCGAGGCUGUGGUCCAUGCCAUGAAGGUGCUCGAGGUCCAUGAGAAUCUAGAGAAGAAAAUCCCUGAAGACUAUGACAAGGACCUCAGUGAGAAGGAGAAGGCCAUCGUCAGGGAGAUGUGUAACGUGGUGUGGCGUAAACUGGGUGACGCUGCGGGCUCCAAGCCGUCAAUCCGCCAGCAUCUCUCUGGGAACCAGUUCAAAGGGCCUUUGUAGUCCCUAGGACGACAUUAACCAGCACUCAAACGAGACAAACGGACAGACAAAUAAAUAAACAACAACAACAAUGGAUCCUCAGCACUGACUGGACAAAGGGACACAUCUCAAUUGACCCUCUCCUACUCUCUCAGCACUGUGACCGUGGCUAGAUGAUCCAGACAAACCCUAACCUAAACCCAGCCCACUGCCUCUGCAUCUGUGAUAUCCAUCUUUGGCCUCCCUUAACCUCAUGCCCUGGUGGAUAUUGGAAUGGUGACCUGACCUGGGUAGUGGCUACAGGCAAUUUCAGAUUAGGGCAAAACAGACUGUGGCGACGAAUGGUUCGAAACAGCAGGUGGCCGUCCUAUCGCCUCCACAGCACAACAGAGCAUCUGCCUUCAUUUUCUGUUCAAUGCCUGACUAUUCUACAUUUUGAAUCGCCACCGUCACUUGACAGUUAUGGUGUGUUUUUGAAGAAGAGGAAGAUGAAGGGAGGAUAGAGGUACGAGGCAUGCAUUACCAACUAAACUCUCCCUUACAACCUCACAACCAGUCACGACAGUACUGAGCUACUAUACCUGUGACCUGUUCUACAGUACUACACCUGACAGUCCCAACCAGUCACGACAGUACUGAGCUACUAUACCUGUGACCUGUUCUACAGUACUACACCUGACAGUCCCAACCAGUCACGACAGUACUGAGCUACUAUACCUGUGACCUGUUCUACAGUACUACACCUGACAGUCCCAACCAGUCACGACAGUACUGAGCUAGAGUACUACACCAUCUCCACCCAACGUCUCUUUUUGUGUUUGUGUAAAUGUUCACCUACCAAGUGUUCAGGACUGACAACCACUCUAGGACGGACUAUUCUACUGGAGGCCCUGUUCUGUUCUUGACUUUGCUUCCAUGACUUCUCCACAGGCCACUGACUGACAACUGACUGACAACCUACUUUAAAUAUGAGGAAAAAUCCUGGAAAUGUUCUGAUGUAAUUUCCUUCGGUGUAUAGUCACAAGCCAUAGGUUUGCAUGACUUGAAACCUAGCUGCUGCAGCCUACUGUUUAAUAGUGUCGUCCCCUUUUGCCUGAGCAGGAAGUAUGUGUUCAAGUGUAGACAGAAUUGAUUUCAAAGUGUUCAACUCAAUUCUAGCACCAACUCAGUUAUGUGUAACAAAACAUAGCCCUGUUUAAAAAAAAAGUUAUAAUUUAAGACCGUGUUUGUUUGCGCCUCAAAUGGCACCCUAUUCCCUCUACCAACACCAUAUAGGCAUGAGGGUGCCAUUUCGGAUGCACACGUUGUAACUAAGUACAGAAAGUGGAACACUGAGUUCAGUUUCAUACCCUGUGUUUCGAAAGUUUCCUCCCAGGCAGAAAGCUUAUAGCCUGGGUAGGGUCUGUUUAUGCUCUCCUGCCAACUCCUAGAAUUGUCAAGCCAAAAUGUGUAUAUUUUAGUCAUGUAGCAGACACUCUUAUCCAGAGCAACUUACAGGAGUGAGUUCAUACAUUUUCUCAUAAGAGUCCCCCGUGGGAAUCAAACUAACAACCCUGUUCUUGCAAGCACCAUGCUCUACCAGUUGAGCCAUACAGGACUUGACAAUGUCUGCAAUGGAGUUGGCAAUAGGACAAACAGUUCUCGGACCAGGCUUGAAAGCUUAGCCUGUCAGACUAUUAACUGAAACCUUAAGUCGAGGGAGAGGUUUUGGUUCAUGCAUAAUAUAAGGUGGCUUCUGAUGAUUGAUCAUGGAUUAGAACGUCAGGAUCUUGCUAGAUGGAAGUGGACUUUGAAUUCAAAAUCUGAAUUUCUAAUGUAUGACAAUCCUUGAAACGGUUUUGAAAACAGCUGUUAUUUUGACCCGUCCUAACUUUUCCUCAAUGAGCUCUUAUAGGGACCAUACCUUAUGAAGUCUCAUUGGAGACUAUGUACACUACAUGAGGUCUCUUAGCUUGGUCCGAUGUAUACUUUAUAAGGUGUCUUAGCUGGCUCCUGUACAUUAUGAUGUGUUAGGCCCGAUGUGUGCACAAUGAAGUCUCCUAGAGUCCCUAUGUCUGCUCUAUAAAGUCUCAUAGCUGUCAUCUCUAUAGUAGGACUUCAGUGUACAAUCCACUGACACGCGCCAAUUAUGUUGACAUCGAUUAAGGCAGCCCCCCGCACCGCUCUUGGGUUGGGUUAAACGCGGAAGCCACAUUUCAGUUGAAUGCAUUCAGUUGUACAACUGACAAGGUAUCCCCUUUCCCUUUCUCCCUCCCCUUUCCCUUUCUCCCUCCCCUUUCCCUUUCUCCCUCCCCUUUCCCCCACUGCGUAGCUAAAUGAAGCUUCAUAGCUGUGUUCUAUACUCUGUGGUACCUCCUAGCUGAUUGCUGUGUAUUUGAGUCUUCUCAGUAUUGUAUGGUGAGGGCUAAUAGAUAAGCUACAUAACAUUGCCAUGAGACUGACAUAACAGAUGACAUAACGGAUGUCAUUAAGAGUUAUAGCAACAUAACAGACGGAUGUCAUUAGGAGUAAUAACAUACACUACAUGAGCAAAAGUAUGUGGACACCUGCUCGUCGAACAUCUCAUUCCACAAUCAUGGUCUUUAAUAUGGAGUUGGUCUCCCCUUUGCUUCUAUAACAGCCUCCCCUCUUCUGGGAAGGCUUUCCACUAGAUAUUGG